AUGACCGAAAACAAACGUUUUAUUGUUACUAUUAAAACUCAGGUAAUUUUUGUUGUUGUCAUCGUAGCGUCAGAAGCUCUACCUUUAAUGGGUCCGAUGGAAGCUGAUCUUGACUUGGGAGGUUUUGGGGCAGAUUUGGGCCCUUUAGAAGAUAGCAGUGGUGAAUACGGUUCUGCAGGCAAUCCUGAUAUCAUAGAUUCAAGUAUUGCCAUGGGUUUAAACGGAGUUGGUUCUAUGAAUCCUGGACUAUUGACGGCAUAA